AUGAGAGAAGCUGGCUCAGGGCGUGGGGGCGCCCAGCUGUCUUACCCCACCAACGAAGACAUGCAGAUAGCGCGCAGCAGCUUCCUGCAGCUAGCAGCAGCAAUAGAAGCAGCAGCAAAAGGGAAGAGCCGCAGCAGCAGCAGCACUGUUGAUGCUUUCAGAUGGUGUUUAACUAGUCUACAGGAUGUAGCGAGUUUGCUGCUGCUGCUGCAGCAGCAGCAGCAACGAUGCAAGGUACUCUUGUCGCAUGCACUCUGGGCAACAGCAGCAGAGAAGGUUGCUGCUGCAUGCAGCAGCUACAUCAAUGAGUUUCUGCCGCAGAUGCUGCUGCUGCACACAGUAGAAGCGCAGCUGCAUCAGCUGCAGCAGCAGCAGCAGCAGCAGCAGCAGCAGCAACAGCAGCAGCAGCAACAGCAGCAGCAGCAGCAGCAACUGCAGCUCAGUGUAGUGACAGCAGCAUUUGACUUGCUGCAGACAUGCGCAGCAACGCUGCUGCAGCAGACACUCACUGCAGCGGGAAAACUCAGCAGCAAAGGAACUGCUGCAGUGCAGGACUACGUUGGCGGGGCGGCUGCAUGCACUCGGGGCUUUGCUGCUCUCAACAGCAUUCGUUCGCAUGUGCACGAGUUGCUGCUGCACUUGCCGCUGCUGCUGGCUCCAGCUGCUGCUGUUGCUGCAGCUGAUCAUCAUCAGCAGCAGCAGCAGCAGCAGAUGCGGGCUGCUGCUGCUCGAUGCAUGCGCUGCUGCUUAUCUGUUGUUGCUGCCUGGGCUGAGGUGCUGCAUCCGCUUGCGGAGGAGUCUGGAGCUGCUGCUGCUGCGAGCACGGGGCAGCAGCAGCAGCAGCAGCAGCAGCUGCAGGGUUUGCUGCUGCUACCCGAAGCAGCGCAUGCAGAACAGUUGCUGCAGCAUACUGCAGCAGCAUGGGAGGAGGCAGACACUCAGCGAGAGGGAUUGCGGCUGCUAGCUUCUCCUCUCUGCUCUCCUGCUGCUGCGCUGCUGCUGAUCGAAGCAGCAGGGAGACGGGCCCCCGCGCGCGUGCUGCAGCAGGAAGCAAAUGCAGAGUUUCAGUAUAUGUGGGCAACCAAGCAGCAGGACGACAACGACGGCAGCAGCAGCAGCAGCAACAGCAGCAGCAGCAGGAGCAGCAGCAGCAGCAGCAGCAGCAACGGCGACGCGGCAUGGGGAGAUGCCCUUUCUACUGACGGGGGGAUCCAAAAGAAGCGGCGCAUUGCGCAGAGCAGCAGCAGCAGCAGCAGCAGCAGCAGCAGCAGCAGCAGCAUCAACAGCAUCAACAGCAGCAACAGCAACAGCAGCAAAUUGGAGGAGAAGGACGAUAAGGUUUCUGCUGCAGCAGCACUUGAGAGUGUUGCUGCUGCUUCUGCAGCAGCUGAGGCUGCGUCGCGUGUGCUGCUGGUCGCGGAGACAGAUGGGGGCAAAUGGAGACAGCACGAGCAGCAGGUGGACGCGGUGUCUUUGCUGCUGGAGCUGUACAACCCGCAGCGGCUGACUUCGUUGCUGGUAGAGGGGCUGCAGCGCAGCAGCAGCAGCAGCAGCAGCAGCAGCAGCAGCAGCAGCAGCAGCAGCAACACCAGCAGCUGCGCUGCUUCUACACCGGCGUGCAUUCCAGCGAUGGAACUGCUGCGUGCCGCUGAGGCGAAACUACAGCAAGGAGACAGCAGCAGCAGCAGCAGCAGCAGCAGCAGCAGCAGCAGCAGCAGCGCAGCAGAAGGCUGCAGCAACCCCACCAGCCUGCUGCCUCCUCUCUUCGAGUCCCCGCAGCCUCAGCUGGCAGCAGCAGCCUGCAGCAAGGGGGCUGAGGAAAGCAACGCGGCCUGGCUGUCUCCUCGUCGUUUGUCUGCUCCGCCAGAGGCUUACAUGGAGCUGUUGGCUUCACAAAUUCUUAGCGGUCCGUUGCCUGAGUGUUUGCCUGGGAGUAAUGUCUACGUCGAUCGUCUUUUGUUCCUGCAGGAGAGAGAACCCGCUUCAGGUGUCUCCGCAGGCCAACAGCAGCAGCAGCAGCAGCAGCAGCGCGCCUUUAUUCCCGCUGCAGGCGAAGCUAGCGUUGUCUUUGGAUUUGUUGUUUUUUCUAUCAAGCCGCAGCUGCAGCAGUUCUCUGCAGCAAAAGCACACCGCAACAGCAGCAGCAGCAGCAGCAGCAGCAGCAGCAGGAGGAGGAUUACAGUCUCCUCUUACUCUGUCUCUGCUGCAGCGAACCCCAGAAGGGCGGGGACGGCUUCUGCCGCUUCUGCUGCUGCUGCUGAUGCUGCUGAUGCUGCUGCUGCUGAUGCUGCUGCUGCUGCUGCUGUUACGGGCCACCCCCUCCAGGAGCAGCAGCAGCAGCAGCAGCUGCUGCUGCUGCUGCUGCUGCUCCUGCUGGUGAUGCUACUGGUGCAACCGCUGCAUCGGCAGACACACAGCAGCACGAACAGCAGGCGGGAGCUGCUGCUGGUGCAGGGGAAGGCACAACGCAGCUUAGCGGAGAUCAGCAGCAGCAGCAGCAGCAGCAGCAGCAGGAUAUGCUGCAGCAGCAACAGCAGCUUCAACAGCAGCAAGGAUUGCCACAGGAUUUGCCGAUGCAGCAGCAACAGCAGCCGUUUCAGCAGCAAGCUGCGCCUCAAGAUCCGGAACAUCAGCAGCAGCAGCAGCAGCUCCAGCAGCAGCAGCAGCAGCAGCUCCAGCAGCAGCAGCAGCAGCAGCAGCAGCAGCAGCAGCAAGAGGAGCGUGUUGCUGCAGCAGACAUAG